AUGUCUGCAAUUACAGAAGCUCAACCCAAAGUUGACAUGGAAUUGAUUUCCAAAAAGAAGCCUGAAGAAACAACCUUUGCCGAACUUGGUGUUUCUCCACAAUUAUGCGAAGCCUGUGAGAAAAUGAAUUUCAAGCAUCCAACCGAAAUUCAAAAGGAAUCCAUUCCUUGGGCUAUUGAAGGCCGUGAUAUAAUUGGCCUUGCUCAAACUGGUUCUGGUAAAACUGCUGCUUUUGCUAUCCCAAUCAUUCAAAGACUUUGGGAUAACCCUCAAGCCUUUUUCGCUUGUGUUUUAGCUCCUACAAGAGAAUUAGCAUAUCAAAUCGCAGAAACAUUCGAAUCACUUGGCUCAGUCAUUGGUGUUCGUUGUGCUGUCAUUGUUGGUGGUAUGGAUAUGAUGUCUCAAUCUAUCGCACUUUCAAAGCGUCCACAUGUCAUUGUUUGUACACCAGGUCGUCUUCAAGAUCAUUUAGAAAACACUAAGGGAUUUAGCCUAAAGAACUUAAAAUAUCUUAUUAUGGAUGAAGCCGAUCGUUUGUUAGAUAUGGAUUUUGGGCCAAAGAUUGAUCAAAUUCUCAAAGUCAUUCCUCGAGAACGUAACACUUUCUUGUUCUCCGCUACCAUGACAACCAAGGUUGCUAAGCUUCAAAGAGCCAGUUUGCAUAAGCCAGUCAAGGUCGAAGUUGCCACCAAAUACUCUACAGUAAAGACAUUAUUACAAUACUAUCUUUUCUUUCCUCUCAAGCACAAGGACUGUUACAUGGUUUAUCUCUUGAACGAACUUGCCGGUAACUCCACUAUCAUUUUUACACGUACCUGUCAUGAUACACAAAAGAUUGCCAUCAUGUUGAGAAACUUGGGCUUUGCUGCAGUUCCUCUUCAUGGUCAAUUGCCUCAAGCUAAGCGUCUAGGUGCACUCAACAAAUUCAAAGCUGGAACUCGUAGUAUUUUAGUCGCAACUGAUGUUGCUAGUAGAGGUAUUGAUAUUCCUCUUGUGGAUGUAGUUAUCAACUACGACGUGCCUCAAUCAUCCAAAGAUUAUAUUCAUCGUGUUGGUCGUACUGCAAGAGCUGGUCGAUCCGGUAAAUCUAUUACCUUUGUUACUCAAUAUGAUGUUGAAUUGAUUCAACGUAUCGAGAAAGAUUUAGAGCGCAAAUUAGAUUUAUUCCCUGCUGAGAAAGAUGAAGUGAUGAUGCUUCAAGAACGUGUGGAUGAAGCACAGCGUAUUGCUACACUAGAAUUAAAGGAAACAGAAAAUGGCAAAAAGUCAAAACGAGGUCGCAAAAAUGAUGAUGACGAUGAUGAUGCUGAUCAAGAAGAAAAGCUUGAAGUGCCUGGAAAGAGAAAGUUUAAGGGAGGCAACAAAAACAACAAUAAGAAGAGACGUUAG